AUGUUUAAAAGAAAACACUCAUCUGGAUAUAGUAAGCGCCAACAAAAGAGAAGAGUUGAAGAAUUAACUCAAUCUCAGAGAGGUGCUCUUGAUAAAUUCAUUAUUAAAGAACCACAAGGUUUAGUUGAAAAUCUUGAAAAUGUAGGUCAUGAUGAACAGGCUAAUGAAAAUGUGGAAAACUUAGGUCAUGCUCAUGUUGAAAAUGAUAAUGUAAUCAAUGAGGAGGAACAACCAAGUCAAUCUAUUCCUUUAGAUAUUUAUGAUCCUAGGACUUGGGAUGGUCUAGAUUCAAAAUCAAGAGAUGAAUUAUUGGCAAAUGGUCCAAGAAGAGAUCUAUCAAUUGAGAAGGGACCUAGUGAUAAAUUUUCUAGACAUUUCUCCUCAACGUUUUACACUCGUUAUUUAUCAAAUGGAGAUAAGUAUGAUAGGGAAUGGCUGGUGUAUUCCAAGCAUUUGGAUAAGCUCAAAAUGCAAGGAGGACAAUUUUGA